CACAAAGUCAUUUUUGAUUUAUACUUCAAAAAGGAAAUAUUUUCCAUCUUCUUUUAAAAAAUUAAAUGGUAGUGGGGCAAAACAAAGCAGAGCAGAACUGAGCAAACCCCAAAGUAAGACGUCUCAGGGAAGAAGUCCAGAUUCAGGAUGUCGGAUAGCAAGGCAGUGAUUAAGAAUGCAGACAUGUGCGAGGAGAUGCAGCAAGAUGCUAUCGAAUCUGCCACCCAGGCAAUGGAGAAGCAUAACAUUGAGAAGGACGUUGCUGCGUACAUCAAGAAGGAGUUCGACAGGAAGUACCAUCCCACCUGGCACUGCAUUGUGGGCCACCACUUUGGUUCGUAUGUGACCCACGAGACGCGCCACUUUGUAUACUUCUACUUGGGGCAAUUGGCUGUUUUGCUUUUCAAAAGCGGCUAAGCAAUGUUAGAACCACAAUGCAGUACUCAAUCCCUGACGAUCGUCAAAAACAGAAUGAGAAGUAUCACCAUCAUGGGAAGCUUUUGCAUUACAGUUCUAUUUGCGACCCCUUUCACUGCAGUCUUAUCCAUUCUGGACCAAGCUAAUCUCUACAAAAUUCAAAGCGCCUCCAAAUCUUAGACUUUGACUUAUUUUUAGGCCAAAAAAAACAAAUAUCUUGAACUAAUCUUUAACUUGUUGAAUAAAUAAAACUAGUUUUUAAUCCUUAAA